AUGGCGCUGUCAGUAUGGAUACUGUGGGCGUGUGCAACCACGCUGUACAAUGUCGCCCCCUCUGAUCAAGCGCUGAGCCGUGCUGCCAUGCCGUUUGGUUUGAUGAGGAGGGAGCUGGCGUGUGAGGGUUACCCCAUUGAGCUCCGGUGCCCAGGAAGUGAUGUCAUCAUGAUUGAGACAGCCAACUACGGCCGCACAGAUGACAAGAUCUGUGACGCUGACCCCUUCCAGAUGGAGAAUGUCCAGUGUUACCAACCCGACGCCUUUAAAAUCAUGUCUCAUAGGUGCAAUAACAGGACUCAGUGUGUGGUGGUGGCAGGAGCGGAUGUCUUUCCUGAUCCCUGUCCUGGAACAUACAAAUAUCUGGAGAUUCAGUACGAGUGUGUCCCUUACAAAGUGGACCAGAAAGUAUUCGUGUGUCCUGGCACACUGCUGCGUGUUCAGGACGUGAGUCUGAUUCAGGAGGCGGAGCAUCAGUCAGGGGCGUGGUGUAAGGAUCCAUUGCAGGCUGGCGAUAGGCUGUAUGUCAUGCCAUGGACACCCUAUCGCACAGACAUGCUAUAUGAGUAUGCCUCCUGGGAGGACUACAGACACAACAGAGUCACCACCACCUACAAACUGCCCAGUCGAGUGGAUGGAACUGGGUUUGUGGUGUACGACGGGGCUGUGUUUUACAACAAAGAACGCACGCGCAACAUCGUGAAGUACGACCUACGCACGCGCAUCAAGAGCGGAGAGGCCAUCAUCACGAACGCCAACUACCACGACACCUCGCCGUACCGCUGGGGCGGGAAGUCCGACAUCGACCUGGCCGUGGACGAACAUGGGCUGUGGGUGAUCUACGCCACAGAAGCCAACAACGGACGACUGGUUAUCAGCCAGGUGAACCCGUACACCCUGCGUUUCGAGGGCACAUGGCAGACGAAUUUCGAGAAGCGCCUGGCGUCGGACGCGUUUGUGGCGUGUGGGGUGCUGUACGCGGUGCGGUCCGUGUACCAGGAUGACGACAGCGAAGCAGGAGGGGACCUCAUCCUGUACGCCUACGACACCCGACGUGGGCGGGAAGAGCCCGUCCGAAUCCCUUUCCCAAACCCUUACCAGCACAUCUCCUCCAUCAGCUACAACCCCAGAGACAACCAGCUUUACGUGUGGAACAACUACAACGUGCUCCGCUACCCACUGGAGUUCACACCACCACAACCCACUACUGAUCCCCUCUCUACUCCUGUCCUCAGUACUACUCCACAUUUGUUCUCCUCCACCGUGCUGCUGGGUCUUAGUCCCACUCCUCCCGUGGCCCUGACCUUACGUCCAGUGGGUUCGAUAAACCGGGCCCCCGCAGUGCGGCCCAUAACGGCCACAGUGCCGGUGACCCAUAGACCCCCUCGCCGACCCCUGGGACCCCGUGCCCCUCUCUGUGAGGGCAGGGUGACCCGUGGGAUUCAGUGGCCCCCAACACAGAGAGGAGAGACCGUGGAGCGACCUUGUCCUAAAGGCUCACUAGGCAUAGCCUCAUACCAGUGUAUGUCCGAUCCAGUGGAGUGGAGUCCCAGAGGUCCUGACCUCAGUAACUGUACGUCCCCAUGGGUCAGUCAAGUCGCACAGAAGAUUAAAAGUGGGGAGAAUGCAGCCCACAUUGCCGCUGUAUUGGUCAAUCACACCCGGGGGCGUGUCUAUGCUGGUGAUGUCACUUCCUCUGUGCGGCUGAUGGAACAGCUGUUGGACGUCCUGGAUGCUCAGCUUCAGGCUCUUCGACCUGGCAACAAAGAGUCAGCAACACGGAACUAUAACAAGCUGCAGAAGAGAGAGAAGACAUGCAGGGCGUACAUACAGGCUUUGGUGCAGACAGUAGAUAACCUCUUGCGAUUAGAGGCGCUGGACUCCUGGCAGGACAUGAAUGCGACAGAGCAGUCCCACACUGCCACCAUGCUGCUGGAUGUGAUGGAGAAAGGAUCCUUCCUAUUGGCCAAUAACCUGUACGAGGGCCGCUUUAGUGACCGGGCUCCUAAUGUCGAUCUGGAGGUGUAUGUGUUAAACACAGAGAUGGAUGUGCAGGAUCUCUCCUUCCCUCACUCCUACGACAGUGACAGCACCAUCCACCUCUCCGCUGCCACCAUCAAACAGUACAGCCGCAACGGUCAAGUAAAGGUGGUGUUUGCUCUCUAUAAAAACCUGGGCUCUUUCCUGUCUACUGAAAAUGCGACAGUGAAGAUUGGGGUGGAGCUAAAGCAUAGCGGGCGGAGUCUGGCAGUCAAUUCCCACGUAAUCUCCGCCUCCAUCAAUAAAGAGUCCAGUCGUGUUUUUCUGACUGAGCCUGUGGUGUUUACUCUGAGACACAUACAGCUGGAGAACCAUUUCAGUCCGAACUGUUCUUUCUGGAACUAUUCUGAGCGGUCCAUGAGUGGUCAUUGGUCCUCACAGGGCUGCAGACUGUUGGAAACCAACAAUACACACACAACCUGCUCAUGUAGUCAUCUCACCAACUUCGCCCUGCUGAUGAACCACCAUCAGCCUGCUUACGCGGGCCGUAUGGAGGAGCUGAUACUCUUUGUAAUUACCUGGGUGGGAAUGGUGAUCUCUCUGGUGUGUCUGACUCUCUGUAUCUCCACCUUCUGCUGUGUGAGGAGCAUCCAGAGUGAUCGCACCACCAUCCACAAAAACCUCUGUCUCUCGCUCUUCCUCGCCGAACUCCUCUUCCUCAUCGGCAUGGACAAGACCCAGUACCCUGUGUUGUGUCCAGUCCUUGCAGGUCUGUUGCAUUUCUUCCUCUUGGCUGUGUUCUGCUGGCUGUGUGUGGAGGCGGUACAGCUCUACGUGCUGCAGAUGGAGGUGUUUGAGAGCGAGAGCUCUCGGCGGAAAUAUUAUUACCUCAGUGCUUACGGCUUCCCUGCUCUCGUCGUGGCUGUUUCCGCUGCCAUCGACUACCGCAGCUACGGCAGCAAAAAAGCUUGCUGGCUUCGUGUGGAUAACUAUUUCAUUUGGACUUUCAUUGGUCCCGCCUCCCUGAUCAUACUGCUCGACCUGGUUGUCUUGGUGAUAACGGUUCAUAGAAUGAUCCGGCACUCCACCGUGCUCAAGCCAGACUCCAGCCGCUUCGACAACAUCAAGUGUUGGACUCUUGGCUCUUUGAUUCUGCUUUUGCUGGUUUCUCUGACGUGGAUCUUUGGUCUUCUCUUCAUUAAUGAGAACAGUGUGGUGAUGGCCUACCUUUUCACCUCUUUCAACGCACUUCAUAGCCUCUACAUAUUUAUCUUUCACUGUGCCUUGCAGAAGAAGGUUCAGAAGGAGUAUGGGAAAUGUCUCCGUCACUCACCUUGCUGUGGUCACGCCUCCUCUUCCGGUUCCCACGGUUCCCUCAAGAGCUCCGCCCACCGAGGCAACAGCCGCUAUUACAGCGGCAGCCAAUCCCGACAUACUCCUGCACACCGACAGAGUCGGAUCAGGAGGAUGUGGAAUGACACUGUCCGCAGACAAACUGAAUCUUCCUUCAUGGCCACUGACGUGAACAACACCCCAACACUCAACAGAGGCACGAUGGGUAAUCACCUUCUGGCCAAUCCGAUGCUUCAGACUCGCUCUGGCUCCUCCCCCUACAACACACUAUUGGCAGAAACAUUCAAUCCUCCUUCACCUGCUGUUUUCAACUCCACUGGCACUUUCAGAGCCUCAAAGGGCACUCUCUCACGCAGUCGUGAGUCCUGUGGUUUGGACAGCGUUCGUUUGAAUGGGAACUACAAUAACAGUUACUCAGUUGGUCACGGGGGCAGCUCGGACCUGCUGGGCGUGGUGGGGGGUUCCGGCGAUGCCUCCCCCGCUCUCCUGACACCCAGAGGGGCGGAGCCGCAGGCCGUUCUGAGACGGAACCUGUCUGACGCCGUGGCGUUGGAGAAGAUGAUCAUCUCCGAGCUGGUGCACAGCAACCUGAGGCCCUCGGCAGAUCGCUACGGCAACGGGAUGGAAGCCAGCUCGGAGCAUCGGGAAUACAUGACGACCGGGCACAGGGAUCCGCCUCAGAGACCUCUGCCACGCCCGCCGCCCCCUCCACCACAGGAUGAGGAUGACAUCCUGUACAAAGCCCUGGAGAAGCCCCGCCCACCCGAGAAACCCCACCCCCCAGAGAAGCCACGUGUCCCAGAGAAGCCGCGCCUUCUCGAGCAUGCUCAGUCAGUGUUCUACCAAAGUGAGGAGGACUCGGAGAGCUUCUCCGCCGAAAUCACAGAAAGCGCGGGCGGAGCCGGCCCUGACUCCUCCUCUCUGUAUGUGAGGGACAGGGACUCAUCCUACCCUGACAGCAGUCCGGAGGGUCUAGGGGCGGAGCCACGUUCAGUCCUGCCCCCCGAUGAGCUGUAUUUUAGCACCGGACGACACGUCUCCGCCUUUUACCAGCCCCCUCCCCGACGGACCAAUGAGGAGGCUCGCCUGGGGCUCGAGCCCGCCCACAGUGAGGGUGACGGACAGAUGCAGCUGGUGACGAGCCUGUGA